ACAGGCACUCCAAACCCUGUCUGUGCUUGGUAUAUUAGGCAGCCAGUGCUCUUGGCUGGGAGCCCAGACGAGGCUUUUGUAAUCAAAACAUGAUCUUGUAUGCUGUGCAACCAGUGCUGAGAAAGGCCGUCUGAUGGCUCUCCUCUUUUAGCUCUGCUCUGGAAUCCGCCGGGCUCCGCCGCCGAUGUCCAACAUGCACCGAGCUGAUGCUGCUGUGGAUGAUGCCGUGUUAAGGAAGAAAGAGCAGAAAGAUGUUGAACUUGAUAAGAAAAUCUUGGCUUUGCGGAAAAAGAACGAAGCGCUGAUACGAAGGUACCAGGAAAUAGAAGAGGACAAAAAGCGAGCGGAACAGGAGGGAAUGGCUGUUACCUCCAGGAGGCCCAAGCAGGAUGGACUCACUAUUACCAUCACCAAAGCUCACAAUGACCUGAAAGAUGCAAUUACCCAGACUGAACACUAUGGACAAGAUAGCCCAGCCCUCUCGAUGGACAAAAGGGUCGUGAGUGAGAAAUGGGGAAGCCCCUGUCCUACAAGCCCUGGGUUCGGCAUUGGCAGUGAGGAAGAGGAGGAGGAGGAGGAAGCGGAUCAUAUGUUCACAUUCAGGAUGGGGAAGAGGAUGCAGCUGGCUGUUACCAUGGACAACAAAGCAAAGGGCAAGAGGAUCGUCAGUGAGAAACGCUCCGAGAGCUUCCCUGGUCCGGGCCGAGUGCCGGACCUGAGCGAGGAGGAGAUGGAUCAUUUGGUGGCUUUCCGGCGGGGAAGGAGGAUGCAGAUUGCCAUCACCAUGGAUAACAAGGAAAAGGGAGAAGAGCGGAGAACAGCAGAGAAGAGGAGAUCAGACAGUGACAGAGGCCCAGAAACUGAGCACAGCCGGAAGGAUGGUGGGAAGCCAGUCCAGAAGAGCCCUGGAGACCUGAGUUUCCCCAUGUCUGGUCGGGAGCGCUCGGAGUACAUCCGCUGGAAGAGGGAGCGAGACCAGAUCGACCUGGAGCGCCUGGCACGGCACAAGAAUGCCAAGGGCGAGUGGCGACGGGCUUGGGAUGUGGAGAAGUCAGAGCACAUGUUUGAAGAGGACUUUGUUAAGGAUGGGGAGCCAGCCUUGGAUAAUCCCAGCAAUAAGAAAGGGGGAAGGAAUGCGAGGAAAUUCCAGCACAGGUCCUUUCCUGCAGACGGGAGAGGUGGAGGACAUCAUGGAGUGAAUGUGAGUGACCCUGGUCCGAAAGCAGUGCCUGCUGUGAGCAGCCGAGCCAAGGGGAAGGACAGACUGACAGGCAGAGCCAGAAGAUGGGAUGCAAAAGAAGGUGAGGACAUGUCUCUUCUGAAGGAUGACCUUGAUGGCCAGAGGAACCUUGGUGCAGACAGGCGGAAGAGCAAAGGUGACGAGGGGGUGGAAGAGAACUGCACAGCUGAGCUGGAGGAAAAGGGGAAACAGCCAAGCCUCCAGGAUCACGGAGCCUCCUCCUCACAGCGGCUGCGAAGUGGGAAGGUCCAGCCUGCCCAGAAUGGCCAGAAGGAGGAGCAGAGGGGAGAGAGGGGCCGCAGCACAGAGGUGUCUGUGGCCAGCACCAGGGACUCAGAGCCAGGGCCCAAGCCAAGCAAGGAAAGUGUUGGGGAAGAUGCCAAUGGGAAGCCUGGCACUGCUGACAUCUCCCAGGAGAAGGAGGGCACUGACAGCACUGCUUCACAGAGCAGCCUUCAGAGCACUGUGCAAGGCAGCAGGCCUGGCAGCGAGGAGACCUUGUCACUGCCUGUGGGAGCAAAUGGAGAUGGAGCUGGAUUGGAGAUGCAGCCAGCUUCGGAACAGGAGUCCUCUGAGAACUCUUCCAACAGCCAUGGAGGAAAGCUCGACACAGCAGCAGGAGACAGACUGGAAGCAGAUCAAGGACAGCUGGUGAGCAAAGGAGGGGAAGAAGUGACCCAAACCACUGCUCUUGAGGGACAGGCACUUGCACUGAAAGGAAGUGAAGAUGCUGAAGGCACUGAACACCACGAGCCUUCACCCCCAGGGAAAGCCAGCUCUGACAAGACUGUUGUGCCUGAGCAGGACACGGCAAAAUCCCAGUCUGAGGAAGGGGACCAGCCUGAGGACUGCAAGGACAAGGACAGUGGAAACACUCACAACUAGCAGAUUGCACUGGCUUGCCUGAGACAUAAGGAUAACGUGCUGGAGGCGGUGGAGAAGAGGAGCACAAGCUUGUCCUCACUCUCUUACCUUCUAUGAAAUCAGCUUUCAGCACCUGCCCAGUGCCCUUCAGCACCAUUCACAACACGUGGGGCCCCCAUCACCACCCCCACCCACAUUCUGGCAUCCCCCUUCCCUAUCCGUGUGUCAAAGGACAGGGAAGGGUGCACACACUCCCACCCUACAGAGAAAACACCAUCACUUAUCUAUUUGUUUGGCAUAUAUUGCAGCUGCGUGGCAAGCCAAGGAAAUGUCUACUGGAUGCACUUUAUUUUAUUUAAUGACUAAUUCAUUUUAAACUUAUGGCUUGGGUUUCUGGGCACACACCCCGUCUUUUCCCCAAAGGCUGGAGGCACAUGCCAGGGGCUGUGCCAGCAACUGGAACAGAAAGAAGAGGUGACUGGCAAAGCAGAGGGGUGAGGUGUUAGGGUGUAGUUUAGUAGGUGGGUGAAGAAGUUGUGUUCAGAGCUCUUGUACUUGAGGUUUGCACGUGGUUGAAGUGUUGGCAGAGGUGUAUGGUAGUGGCAGGGGCUGCGGGGCAUAAGCACGAU